AUGGCGAUUUUGUUGAAACUUGCAGAUGAGACAAGACAUCUAUGGUUUGUGCCUUUGAUUCUCGAUUACCAUGAAUUUGUGAGUCUUGUUAGGAGUUUCUUCUCCAUCUCUUGCUAUUGUUGUAUUCGAUUAAUUUUGAUGGAUGAUGAGGUUGACACACUGAGAUGGGAGAUUGGUGAUCACUCCCCAAUAAUUGAGCAAAUAACAUGGAAAUACAAGCUUAAACUGAAAUAUGUAGGCUUUUUUCGAUUUGCCAGGAACUCAUGUAGGCAAGUGUAUUGUUUCGGUUUUAGAAAAACUCUCUAUAUAGACAUAUUCUCAUACAACUUGAAUCAACUAGUUGAAGAAGUGAAAAAACAUUAUCCAUCAAAAGACGAUAUUGUUUUGUCAAUAGUCUUUAUCGAUAAGCAUGCAAAAGAACAAUGUUUUAUUAAACUGGAUUCUGAUGAAAACUUCAUUGUGAUGCUUAACAUGUAUGAGGAGGAGAAAGAAGUAAUAAUUUAUGCGACGAAUGGAAAAAUUACACAACAAAGGGAUAAACCAUCUAGUGUCGAAGAUCAAUUUAGUGAGGAAUCGGAUGAUGAAAAUGAUUCAGACUCAAAUUGUCCAAGUGAAGAAAGCUAUCAUAGUCGUUAUAGUUCCGAUAAUGAAUAUGAGCUUCUAAAUUAUGAUUUCAAAAUCGAUACAUAUAGAAAUAAAAGUCAAGUUAUGAAAGUGAAUUCUAAAUUUCCAAAUGUGAUUGCUUUUAGAAGAGCUUUAAACCACUACGCUAUAACAAAUGAAUUUCAAUAUGUCAUUGAAAAAAGUGAUUUGACACAACUUACGGCAUGUUGUGAAGAUAAAAAGUGUGAGUGGAGAAUCCAUGCUUCUCAUACUCAAGAUGAAGUUACUUUUGAAGUUAAGAAAUUUGUAGAAACUCAUUCUUGUAUUCGAAGCAACAAGUGUGGUAACAAACAUGCAACUCAAGGAUGGAUAAGUGAGGUUGUAACCGACAAGCUAAAAUCUGAUGGUGAUGUAUCUCCUGCCAACCUAAAAAAGUGGCUUAUGCAAAUCUACAAUGUUGACGUACCAUAUAUGAGAGUCUUUAGAGGAAGAGAACAAGCUUAUAGUGAUAUGCAUGGAAAGUGGGAUGACUCUUACGUACAUAUAUAUGAUUUCAAACAGGAACUUGAACAAAGAAACCAUGGAAGUGUUGUGGAGAUUGAUUUGCAGACAGUGGGUGACAAGAAACUUAUCUUACGCUUUUUUAUAUCACUAAAUGCAUACUCUAAGGGGUUUCUUGCUGGUUGUCGUCCUUACAUUGGGAUUGAUGCUUGUCAUUUGAAGGGGAAAUUUAAUGGUGUGCUAGCCGCUGCCCCAAUUAUUGAUGGUAAUAAUGGCAUGUUUCCGGUAGCAUAUGGUGUGCUUGAGUCUAAGAAUACAAAAUCAUGGACUUGGUUUCUUAAGUCACUACAAAAGGCAAUCGGUACACCAAACGGUAACUCCUCUGAUAUGCAAAAAGGAUUGGAAGUAGCUAUUACACAAGUUUAUCCUAAUGUUGAGCAUCGUGAGUGCAUAAGACAUUUAUAUAGCAACUUCAAGAAACACUUUAGAUGUGACUAUUUGAUGUAA